GGCGGCUGCCGCCGCUCUCCCGGCUCGGCCCGGCCCGGCUCUGCCCUCCCCCGGCUCGGGCGAGGAAAUGACCUAAGAGGAAACCCGGGCCGAGCCGGGGCUGCGGGGCCCGGGACGCUCCGGCCAUGUCCCUGCGCCCCAGCGGCCGAAGGACGGAGCGGGGGCGGCCCGGCAAGGGGCUGCCACCAGCACAUCUGUUCCCCUGAUUCUGCCGUUGGAGGAAGUCGGUCAUGGGGGAAACAGGCAGAGAAGAGUAUAAAAUACAGUCGUUUGACACCGAGACUCAGAAGCUGCUGAAAACAGCACUCAAAGACCCCAGCAGCGUGGACCUGGACAAAGUGGCCAAUAUUAUAGUGGACCAGUCCCUCAAAGACUGUGUGUUCAGCAAGGAGGCAGGGCGCAUCUGCUACACCAUCAUCCAGGCAGAGAGCAAACAAGUGGGCCAGAGUGUCUUCCGGAGGAGCCUGCUGAACCGGCUGCAGCAGGAGUACAAGGACAGAGAGGAUCUGCGCACCCGGUCACUGCAGGCAUGGAUCUGCUACGUCACCUUCAUCUGCAACAUCUUCGACUACCUGAGGGUGAACAACAUGCCCAUGAUGGCUCUGGUGAACCCUGUUUAUGACUGUCUGUUCCGACUGGCACAGCCUGACAGCCUACGGAAGGAGGAAGAGGUGGACUGCUUGGUGCUGCAGCUCCAUCGCAUUGGCGAACAGCUGGAGAAGAUGAACUCACAGCGGAUGGAUGAGCUCUUCUCCCUCCUCCGAGAUGGCUUCCUUCUGCAGGAAGGGCUCAGCUCCCUGUCCCAGCUCCUGCUGCUGGAGAUCAUCGAGUUUCGGGCCGCCGACUGGAAGAUGACGGACGCUGCCCAGAAAUACUAUUAUAGCGAAGUGACAGAUUAACCCCUCUGUGGCAGAGGUGGAGAGAUGUCCCCAGCACUUUCACCAGCAAGCUUCAUACCAAGUUUGAAUUUCUUCUCAUAUUAAUGUUUUUCUAGCACUUCCUGUAAAUAGGAUUUAUACUGGCUAGAGCCUCUGGGCACACAACUAUCAGUAUCAGUCUGCAACUGGUGCUAGCCUGACUCUGGAUGUUUAGAGAGGUGGGAAGGGUAGGGCACGUUUAAGCCAGCAAGUUCUUCCACUCAUUUUGUUUAAUGAUGUGCUGCUGCCAGCAAAAGGCAAGGAAGGCUUCUAGCUCAAACCAGCAUUUUAUACAACUGUUAAGGAAAGCACAGUUUAGGCUGCAAGCAUUUUGGUUCACCCAAGAGCCAGCAGAGCUGAAGGAGGCAGAGGGGAAAUCUUUCACAGCUCACAGUCCCAAAACAGGUUGUAUCUGGUCAUCUGGGACAAGUUACAGAAAGUACUGUGGUCGGAUGUCUCACAAACAGCUCAUCCAAGUGCUACAUUUCCCUCCUUCCAGCACGCUGGCAGCACCUGCAUGCAACACAGCCUUCACCACUGGUCACUAGCCACCAAAACCUGCCACGGGGCAGCCUGCAGCAGGACAGGUCCCUGAGCACAUGUAGCUAGAAACAGGUUUUAUAAAUUUUAUACAGUGACUGUUUUUUCAAAAUUUAGUGAGUUUCGAAUACAGUAUGUUUCUUACAAGAAUAAGAAUGGGAGAGGAAGAAAGAAACCAAAAUAGUUUAAAUAAAUGGUUUUUUUUUUCUAAUAAAAGUUUUCCACUAACACGUGCCCUGCUUUCUCUCUGUGCAGCUGUGAGCAAUACUUAAAAUACUUGCAAUACUUGCUCCUGACUGAAGUGGGGACGCUGUAAUGUUAAUUUUCUCCUCUGGUGUAGGGUGACAGACAGGCUUUAAGCAACCAGCGUAGCUGGAACACCAGUGUGAGACUCAAACAACAGAGACAAAAGUUUGGAAUCAAGAAACCUUUCGCAUAAAGGACCAGCUUUAUUUUUCCUGUUCACAUCCCCCAACAGAUCUGGGCAGAGAAUGUUGCUGAUGACCAGAACCAAAAGGAACAUUUUAUUGCCUUUUGUACCAAUCAUGCUAAGGCUGGCUAUGGUAUGGAAAAAAAAAAAAAAAUCCAGAUCUGCUCUUCCCUAGCUAUAGCGCUAGAAAGAGAAAAAUGUUACUGAUCACAGGAGCAGAGACUUAAAAGUCCCCAGGAAACAGGUAAGUGGAAUAGAGAGAUUAUUCUGUACAGUGUUGCUCUAACAAAAGCAUUCAGGGCUUGUCUUCACAGGAAAACGAUUAAAAAACUAGAAUGUC